AAGAAGAAGCACAAAGCCCGCCCCUCCUCAAUCGGUGCUCUAAAAGCGGUCGUGAAAAUAUUGCAGAAAAAAAAAACAUCCAUCGAAGGCCUAUCUCUUUGAAGAAACGUCACACCAAUCUGGGACUAUUCGUGACUUUGAAGUUGAUCGUGCACAACAGAAUAAUAAUCGGGAUGCCGACAGCAGGUAGCAAGCUGAAGCAGUGCCUGCUGGCCCAGGAUCAGCUGGAGAACGCCAUCAACGCCGUGAUCAAGACCGAGCAGCAGCUCAGAGAGAACGCCAGGGAGGUGCGCUGGCAGCUGCAGAGUUGCGUGAGUCGCCAGCAGGAGGCGCUGCGGUGCCGGGAAGUGUGGCUUUUGAGUCAGCUGGAACUGCUGGAACACGUCAAGGCUGAAACACUGCAGCAGCAGUUGCAUCGGCUCCAUCGGCUGUACGGUCAGUUGGACGUGAUCUCACAGCAGCUCCAGAACGCCAACAGCAGCACCGAAUUGAGCAAUCAGCUGACUAGCUGCAUGGACAAGUUGUCUUCUCUCAGUCUGGUGCCAGAGGAAACGCCUGAGAUGAGCUUUGAUGCGGACUCGCGCUCCCUGAGGGACGCCAUCACUUCAUUUGGCAGCAUCACUGCCCAGAAAGUGGAGGGCGGAGCUUUGGGCGACUGGCUGCUGGAAAGUCAUCCUAUUGGACAUCCGGUCAGCAAGGACUCUCAGGAUUGGCUGUCACCAAAGGAGAAAGUAGCGGAGGCGGAGUCACAUGUGUUGCAAAAAACUUCCUGUCCUGUCCUCGGGUCUGUGGACUUCUUCAAGGCCUGGGGUCAGCUGCAAGACCUGGAAACAUGGCUGCUCCGGGACCAGAAGCCGGUCACUCGGCAGCCCAGCGCCAGCAGCUGCGGCUCCUCCUUCUCCAUCGAGAAGAUUGACGAGUCCGACCUGUGCGACUACCUCCAGGACGACGACCUCAGCGAGUGGCUGGUAACGGCGCCUGCCGCCACCGCCGAGUCUGACGCUGAGCGCUGGCGCAAGCUUCUGAAGCCUUUUUCCGAGCACUGGUCGUGCGACGACUGGCUGGCAGGGUCGAGCCGGCAGACGUCCGACUGCUCGUCCUGCUGCCAUACCAAAAAAGCCCUGGAGAUUGAGAACUUGGGCGAGCUCAAGUGCCUGAAGACCCCGCCCUCCCCUACAGCCGCCAUUCCAACGCUGCAGGCGUGGCUUCAGCAGGCGGCGCCGGUCCAGCAGACGUGUCGUGCAAACGAGCGGUGCUCCAGCUACUCUGAUUGCGUGUGCGAUGAGAACUGCGGUAAAGAAGCUCUAAACAUGUGGCUGCUGCAGCACGGUGCGCUUGACAAGAACGGCGUCCCUGUUGUCGCCAACAACACGCCGACCAACACCUCCCAUGCCUCGCCCACUAGCAAGAAUGUGCCACCCACACUGCACCAUAGACAGCAGGAAGAGAAGGUUCAGGCCAUCUUGGAGGCGUGGCUUCAUCCUUCAAACCCCUCCCUGCACACCCCCACUUUGUUCCAAAGGCCUCUAGAUCCAGAACUCUGGGUGCUUCCGAACAACUCGUCGAGUCUUAAAGCGACUUCCGCGUCCGAGCAGGACGACAAAUGGUUGCUAAAAAAGAAAUCUCAGGAACAUUUGGCUUUGCCCUCUGUCUGCGACCUAUUCUCUUGCAUGAAUAUGAGUGGGGACAAAGAAAAAUGGCUCCACAAGGCUCCUGCUCAGAUGUAUUGACGAAGAUGAAGUUGAGGAGCUUUCUUCUGGCCUGCGUCACUUUAUUGCUGCUUGGCACAUACACAAUCUAUUCAAUCCCCCACCCUUCUUCCUGUGGCAUCAGCGUUUGCUUCCUGCAAAGGUUCUUCGACUUCCCGCGAAGCGCCAUGGUCAAACCGGAAGCCAACUCUUUGCGCAUCGAUCACUUGAUCAAGAAUCAACAUUUGUGAAUCUCACGAUUGGAUAAUUUCAGUCUUUUUCACCAAUAACCUCUUGAAAGGUGCUAGCAAAAUGUGUGUCAAAGUUCCAUCUUUCUAUGAAACAUUAUUUUUGCAUUAACAUGUAUCCUGCCUGGUUGAGGGUGUCAUUGUUUCCGUCACUCUGCUGCAGAGUUUUAACGCAGUUAUUUUAUUUUAAAAUCAAUUUUAAUUUUCAAUCUCUUAGAUUUCCUUUUCAGUGUCUUUCAAGCCCUGGAUGAAAGACCAACAAUGAUUUUGUUUUGUUGGGUUUUAUAAAUGCCGAGUGAUGUCAUCCAAGUCUUUGCUGUGAAUCUCCACUCUAAUAAAACAUGUUGACAUCAA